AUGGACAAGACUGUGGACUACGACUCCGAGUACCCAGAAACAAGCUCUCUCGAGCAGAAACCCCCUUGUUCGGUGGCUGUGGAGUCGUGGUCCGAACCAAUAAAGGUUUCUGACUUCGUGGCGAAAUUCGCGAAGAAUGGCUUCGUGGAUGGAUCGACGCUGGUUUACCGCAGGAUAGGGGAGGUAGAUCGUCAAGCAACACUGGAAAGCUUGAUGCGUCUGGACGACGAAACAAUGACCUCCCUGAAAUUUACCAUGGACCCGAAGAAUCUCCUCUGUGGUGAUGAGGAAAUCGACUCCACAAUCAUGCCCGAGACGGAGGAGUGGGCGUCUGUGAAUCACCGGAGAGAGGACAUGAAGCAAAGCGAGCCGUGGCGCUCCAGAGCGCUCCGAGCAGUGCGAACCGGCGCCGUCAAAGUUGAUCUCAAACUCCCGAAGUUCCCCGAAAAGGAAUCCGCCGAAACCGUCAAGUCAUGUGACAUCCAAGGUGUCGAGGCUGUCUUGAUAAUCAGCUAUUUACUGCCCUCGGCUUCGGGGCCUUACCUCAAGCACAUGAUCGGGCAGUUCGCCGUGCUCGGACAGACGUCCCUCCGGAGCUUGGUUUAUAGGUUCAAAUGCGAGCACGACGAGUUACGGCCCGGAGAUUUCCGCGACGAACCCUUCGCUCGAGCGUCAGUCAAGCCAAUGAAGGAAACCCUCCGCGGGUUCGCGCUCUUUAUCGAGAAUGUUUUCUACACCAAUGAUUGGGAUUACCCCCAUGUUAUCCGAGAGUGGGCGGCGCUGAACAAUGUGGGUCAAUACGAAGUGAGAAGCAUAGACAGCGUCUGUUUUUCAGAGAUAACUGUUUGCCUCGGGAAGCCGUACGUAUAUAUUCACAACGGGGACUGUCAACAUCACGUAAUCAUCAACGAUCUCAGAAUGCACUCCCUGUUGCGAGAUGAUUGCGACGUCAACCACUAUCCCAUGUUGCUGGAGAGCUUCGUUCACAGAUCUGUGCGGACCCUAUGUCAGCUGUGCGGGAAACGAGCAGCGCAAUGGGCGGUGGAAGAUCAUCCCAAACUGCCGCUCAAUCCUUCCUUCCUCUGUGAAGGAUGCAACCUUCACAUCAAUUAUGAUAAUAACGUACGAAAGUAUGACUUCAAGCUAUUCACCUACACGGAUUGGGGUCUGAUGUGAAGCAGCUGAGAUUAUUCAUAUCGCAGGUUGCUCUAUAGAUAGCCGCGAAAGGAGCACGGGAAGAUUUUGGCAGUUUCGUCGCUUUAUUCCUUUUUAUGACGCACAUACCGGGAGGAUGAGGAAUAAAUAGAUGAAUAUAUCACCCACUAAGUCAAUCGAUUCGCUGCUUUCUCCUAGUUCCCAUGAGGAGAACCCCCCAUCCGCAGCGAACUCCACUUUCGCAAUAAUAAAGGAAAUCUUCUCACUAAUAUAUUCAAGGGUCGA